AGGAUGAGCACUGACCAUAUCCGGCUGCUUGAAUGAAUGGGCUGUGUGCUUUUAGCAGCUUCCACAUGUAAUGCCCAGAUAAAUAUCGACAAAAACAUAACAGAACGCCCGCGCCCCCUGAGCGUCAUGACUGGCAGUAUGAGGGCGCCUAUAGCUCCUGCACUUCACCCUAUAUCGUGACUGGCUAAACACCGAAGACACCAACCAGAAAAACAUCUCAGGAACACCCUUAUUAUCCAUGCCGCGCAGUGGAUUCUGGGUAUGGUAGUCUGGACGGGAGGGACGUAGUAGUACUUUUCCACCUGAGAUCAGGCGAAUGAACUACAGUUCCCAACAGCUCAUGGGAAGCUGAGAGAGCGCAGGUCGGAAGCCGCACGGCUCUGUGUGUUGGUCACACGGCAGCGAUAACCGGCGCUGUGGGUUACGGAGCGGUGACAGGAUGGAUGUGAGAGGCGGCUCUGUUGGUGACUCCCCCUGCUGUCCCGUCAGUGAGAGAGCAGCCGAACUCCGGGUGUGACAGCUGCUGCCAUACAGCUCGCCGGGCUCCUUUUUCCUGGGGCGCUGGGGACGGAUAGUGGUGGGGGCUGCGCUCCCCUAGUAUGGAGAGAGCCAUGGAGCAGCUUAACCGUUUGACCCGAUCCCUGCGCCGAGCCCGCACCGUAGAGCUGCCAGAAGAUAAUGAAACUGCUGUUUACACCUUGAUGCCAAUGGUAAUGGCUGAUCAACACAGGUCUGUUUUGGAGUUGCUUUCUAAUUCUAAGUUUGAUGUUAACUAUGCCUUUGGAAGAGUAAAACGAAGUUUACUUCAUAUUGCUGCCAAUUGUGGCUCUGUGGAAUGCUUAGUUCUGCUUCUAAAGAGAGGAGCCAAUCCAAACUAUCAAGAUAUUUCAGGAUGCACACCUCUCCAUUUAGCAGCUCGAAAUGGGCAAAAGAAAUGCAUGAGCAAACUUCUGGAAUAUAAUGCAGAUGUCAACAUUUGCAACAAUGAGGGUCUGACUGCUAUCCACUGGCUUUCUGUAAAUGGACGAACAGAGCUCCUGCAUGACCUUGUGCAGCAUGUCAGCAAUGUAGAUGUGGAAGAUGCAAUGGGACAGACAGCACUGCAUGUGGCCUGUCAAAAUGGACAUAAGACAACUGUGUUAUGUCUCUUGGAUAGUGGAGCAGAUAUUAACAGACCUAAUGUAUCUGGAGCUACUCCAUUGUAUUUUGCAUGCAGCCAUGGACAAAGAGAUACAGCACAGAUAUUAUUAGUGCGUGGUGCAAAGUACCUGCCAGAUAAGAAUGGUGUUACUCCACUGGAUCUUUGUGUGCAGGGGGGUUAUGGAGAAACCUGUGACGUGCUUAUACAGCAUCAUCCCAGACUUUUUCAGACGUUGAUCCAGAUGACUCAGAAUGAAGAUCUUCGAGAAAAUAUGUUACGGCAGGUCCUUGAACAUUUGUCACAGCAAAGUGAAAGCCAAUACCUCAAAAUACUUACAAGCCUUGCUGAAGUUGCUACUACAAAUGGUCACAAACUCUUAAGUAUCUCCAGUAGUUAUGAAGCUCAAAUGAAGAGUCUGCUGCGGAUUGUGCGGAUAUUCUGCUACGUUUUUCGCCUUGGACCUGCUUCCCCGAGUAAUGGAAAUGACAUGGGCUACAAUGGAAACAAAACACCAAGAAACCAGGUGUUCAAGGUCAGAAAAGUAUAUGACGUUUUUAGGAAGAUAGACGUAAACGAGAUGAAUGUGACAAAGCAUGCAUUCAUUUAUCACCCCCCUACUGAACAGGACCCUUUAGAACUACUUUGGCAUUCCUUAGAUGAAUGGCUUGUCCUCAUUGCCACUGAACUGAAAAAAAACAAGAAAGACUCUUCCAACAUCACUUGCAUUUUACUCAAGCAAAAUCCACUGGAUCAACAAGAUAUUUCUCUCGAUCAUCAAUCAACUAUUGGAGAGAAUGGAAGCACAGACCAUCUUUCAGUAUCGCCAAGCAGUACAGACUUCGCAAACUGUGAAAAUGCUGGGAAGCAGGAAGCUGUUGCAGAUGGUCAGGAUGUUAUCUCAAUGACAGCAAACAGGCUCAGUGCUGUCAUUCAAGCCUUCUAUAUGUGCUGCUCUUGCCAGAUGCCUCAAGGGAUGACUUCUCCAAGAUUUAUUGAAUUUGUCUGCAAACAUGAUGAUGUUCUAAAGUGUUUUGUUACAAGAAAUCCUACAAUCAUAUUUGACCACUUUCAUUUUUUGUUGGAGUGCCCUGAACUGAUGUCGAGGUUUAUGCACAUCAUAAAAGCUCAGUCUUUUAAGGAGCGUUGCGAAUGGUUUUACGAACACCUACAUGCGGGGCAGCCUGACACUGAUAUGGUGCACAGACCUGUCAGUGAGAAUGACAUAUUGCUGGUUCAUCGAGAUUCUAUUUUUAGGAGUAGCUGUGAAGUGGUCUUUAAAUCAAAUAGUGACAAGCUCAAGCAGGGGAUUGCUGUGCGGUUUCAUGGGGAAGAAGGCAUGGGUCAAGGAGUUGUACGGGAAUGGUUUGAUAUUCUGUCUUCUGAAAUCAUCAAUCCUGACUAUGCACUAUUCACACAAUCUGCAGACGGAACAACAUUCCAGCCAAAUAGUAACUCUUCUGUCAAUCCAGACCAUUUGAACUAUUUUCGCUUUGCUGGUGAGAUCCUGGGACUUGCACUUUAUCACAGACAGCUGGUCAACAUUUACUUCACCCGGUCAUUUUAUAAGCACAUCCUUGGUAUCCCAGUAAAUUAUCAGGACGUGGCCUCCAUUGACCCAGAAUACGCAAAGAACUUGCAGUGGAUUUUAGAUAAUGAUAUUAGUGACCUGGGACUGGAACUUACUUUCUCCGUGGAGACUGAUGUGUUUGGAGCCAUGGAAGAAGUGCCCUUAAAACCAGGAGGGGCAAGCAUAGUUGUUACACAGGAGAACAAGGCAGAAUAUGUCCAGCUUGUUACUGAACUUCGCAUGACAAGAGCCAUUCAGCCACAAAUCAAUGGAUUUUUGCAGGGGUUUCAUAUGUUCAUACCACCUUCUUUAAUACAGCUUUUUGAUGAAUAUGAGCUGGAACUUCUUCUGUCCGGCAUGCCAGAAAUAGACGUGAAUGAUUGGAUAAAGAAUACAGAAUAUACUAGUGGCUAUGAUAAAGAUGAUCAAGUCAUUAAGUGGUUCUGGGAGGUUGUACAAGAACUAACACAAGAGGAGAGAGUGUUGCUUUUGCAAUUUGUAACUGGCAGCUCCAGAGUGCCUCAUGGCGGUUUUGCAUUUAUCAUGGGAGGAAGUGGGCUACAAAAUUUCACCAUUGCUGCUGUGGCAUACACACCAAAUCUGCUACCAACAUCUAGUACAUGUAUCAAUAUGCUUAAAUUGCCUGAAUACCCGAGUAAGGAAAUCCUUAAGGACAGGCUUCUUGUGGCAUUGCACUGUGGAAGCUAUGGUUACACAAUGGCAUAAUGAAGAACGAAAAACUCAUCUGACUACUGAUGCGCAAUUCGGGGUGGCAGAACCAAUUUAAAAAUCUGUCAAGAGGAAAACAGGCUAGAUACUGCCCACGGGCAGGGCUGACUUUCAAAGAUUUGUAAAGUACCUAUUUUCUUGUAGAUUAAAUGUUGUUUGUGUCGAUCUGUGAUUUGAAAAGGAGGAGAAAAAAGCCGGUCUUAGCUGUUGCAUCAUGAUUUUCUGAUUACAGCCGGAGAAACCAGCUGCAGUUUACGAGGAAGAAAACCAUUGUGUGUGAGGCUAGUUUUAUAUCUUCAGGUUGUGUGGUGUCUUUAAAUACUUUAUCAAUUUAAUUUUAAUCUGUUUUAUUAUUUUUAUGAAGGUUCAUUUAUUGAGAAAGUGUGUGUGUGUGUGUGUUUCAUAUGUUGUAAAAUCUGCAGCUGUAAUUGUGCGCUGCACUUUUUACGAUUUUAGUGUACAUACGCUGUAAAAGUGAAUUGUUUUGUAAUCCUAUCAUGCCAUUUCCAAAGCCGUACCUUUUUAAUUUUGUUAAUACCGCUUUAUUUUCAUUGUGCAGCAGGCCAGUCUCCUACUGAACAAUGCAACUAAAGUGCUAGUUAGAAAUCGCUUCAUCUGUUUAUCAUUUUAUAGCUGGUCAGGAAAUGGACAGUCGUGUUUUAUGUUUUACUCCUGUCAGUCCUUUAAUAUUACACCUUUUGGUCUGUUUAGUUCAUACAUUUGUUGUACAAAGUAUCUCCCAUGUAUUUUUGUACAAAUAAGCUUACAAAAAUAAAAUAUUUUAUAAAUUGCAUUUGAUA